UUUGAAACUUCUUCCGUAUGAAUGUAAGCCAAUAGAAGCAAAUAUGUAUUUGUGAACGCCCCUUUCAGAGUAGCAUACUAGCAUGCUACUUUUACUCUUUCUUACAUGUAAAAAUAGUAAGACUAAUAUUCAGAAUGCAGCUCAUACUGUACAUUUUCUGAAAGCCUAAUAAUGUUAUGUAAUGUGGUGGAAAAGUUGAAGCAUUGCUGAAGACUUUACGUAAGAGAACCUGUUUAGGACAACAUUGAUUUUCCUUUGGAGGUAACAAGACAAAAAAGUUUGGCAUGAGGGUGUGCAUCAUUGGAGCGGGGGUCAUCGGCCUCUCCACCGCUCAGAGCAUCUACCAGCACUUCCACCACAGGAUCACCCCCCUCACCAUAGAGGUGUAUGCUGACGUCUUCACUCCACUCACCACCAGCGACGGGGCAGCCGGGCUCUGGCAGCCGUAUCUCUACGACAAGGGAAACGUGCAAGAAACUCAAUGGAACAAAGAGACGUUUGACUAUCUGCUAAGUUGCCUCACCUCUCCAGAUUCAGUGAAAAUGGGAAUCUUCCUUCAGUCUGGCUACAAUCUGUGCACUGAAACCUUGCCGGAUCCCUCAUUUAAAAACGCAGUGUUGGGUUUUCGUCAGCUGACUGAACGUGAACUAAAUAUGUUCCCAGGAUACAGUUUUGGGUGGUUCAACACAACCAUCAUGAUUGAAGGAAAGACAUACCUGCCCUGGCUUAUGGACUGGUUAAGAGAAAGAAAUGUCAAGUUUCAUCAGAGGACAAUUGGCUCAUUUAAAGAGUUGGCAGAUAUUGGUGCAGACGUUAUCAUCAACUGCUCUGGUGUCCGAUCAGGAGACCUCCAGCCUGAUGCUGAGCUCCAGCCAGCCAGAGGACAGAUCAUUAAGGUAGACGCUCCCUGGUUAAAGCACUUUGUUGUCACCCAUGAUUUAAAAUCAGGAAUCUAUAACUCACCGAGCAUCACUCCUGGGAGUCGUUUAGUCACUGUGGGUGGAGUUUUCCAAGUAGGAAACUGGAAUCUGCAGAACAGUCCUGACGACCACAAAAACAUUUGGGAAGCUGCCUGCAAGCUUGAGCCCAGGCUACAGCACGCACGGAUAGUAGAGGACUGGACUGGUCUCAGACCUGUUCGCAGCAAAGUUAGACUGGAGAGAGAGACCAUAUCUGGACCAGCCUCGUUUGAGGUCAUUCAUAACUACGGACAUGGGGGUUUCGGACUGACCAUCCAUCGUGGAUGUGCUGAGGAAGCUGCUCGUCUCUUUGGACAGAUCCUGGAGCAGAAAGGCCUGCUAGCACACUCUAAAUCACGUCUCUUAUAGAUCUAUGCCUCUGGAUAAGGUUCAAGCUUUAUUCUCAUUCUAUUCUAAUAACAGUGUCAACCGUUGUCAUUGCAAGAAAUAAUGAAUCUCCAGAACUGAAUAAACUGGUCUAUAUUUAUCUGCACUAAUCUAUAAUAAAGAUACAUAUA